AUGGCAGACAGUGCAGCAAAGUGGAUGGACCAGUCUUACUAUGAAGGGAUUCCGCAUGCGGAAGUAAAUUGGGCGGAGUUGGCACAAAGCUGGAUGGCAAUGCAAAAUGCUAGAUCUAGAGAAGGAAAUGGAGAUGAAAUCACAACAAUCCCGCCUCCCCCACCUGUUCAGAGGAACCGGCCACGAAUGGAAGUGCCAUUACCACCACCAAAUACACAGUUUUUACCGCCACCCAUGUUCCGUAAAUAUCAUCAGUUUCUUGCCAGAGAGAUGGCUUUAUUUUUUCAUUUAGAUCCUAGUAAUUUUGGCAAUCCACCCGGUGGUUGGGCGCCUCCACCGCCAGGUAGCUUUCCUCCUGGUUCAGGACCAUUUCCGCCAUUUGUGCCACCUCAACCGUCUUGGGCUAAUACUUCUAACGCUUCUUUCCGGCCAUCAGGGCCUAUAAAUUCUUCAUUUCCACAUCCAGAAACGACAGAGAAAGAUAAUGCGGAUUAUCCUGAUUGUUAUAAAAAUUGGGAUGAUAAACAGAAGGCAGACCAGAAGCAGUAUGACAGUGAAACUGAGGACUCUAGUGGUAUCCCACAAGGAGCCAUGGCGCAUUGGUUAGCUCCUCCGAAUCAUUGGAGCCCUCAUGGAGACUGGGUAAGACGCGGUCAAGAAGGGUCUAACAUAGAUAUGUCUUUUAUAGAUCAGAGAACUCGUAAGGCCCUCCCGGCAUGGAUCCGUGAAGGUUUGGAAAAAGCAGAAAAGGAAAAGCAGAAGAAACUGGAGAAAGAAAUGAAAUUACGUGUUGCAGAAGAAGCUGUGAAAGCACGUCGACUAUCGAAGGGACUAGGGAAAUUUGACAGUGACAGUAGCGAUGAAGAAAGCGAAAGGAAAAACGACAAAAGUAGUAAUGGCUUCCAGCAUGAUGGUGAGCCAAUUUUCUUGCAGAAAAAAAUGGCAAGUAAAACCUCAUUGAACGAAAAAAUUGAAGCACAUCACGUUGGGCAGGAAGAUGAAGUUGAUUUACGUAGUGAGGAAGAGAAACGAGAAGACGCUCUGCUACUUCUACGCCGCUUUAUGACAGAGGUAUUAUUAACUACUACGGAUACAGAGUUGCAACGUGUAGCUGAAGAAGUAAUUGGAAAUGCCAAACGUAAAAAUGCUCAGCCAAAGAUUCUCGCCAAAAGUUCGGCACUCGCCGCUUUAUCUUCUCUUGGGACUGGAAGUGAUGAGGAGAGUGACGAUGAGGGGAAUAAAGGCCAGGGUGGUGCCGAUGGGGACGACGAAAGAACACCGUCACCGAAGACCUCUGGUAGUACGGAACCAGCGAGUGUUAAUAGCGAUGUCUUCAAAGCACCUUUGCCUGUGAGGCAAGUUGGUGCAAAGAGUAAGAGCAAGUUAAGUAGAAAUGAUGAUGGAAACUCUGCUACUCAAAUACCGAAAGGGGGUAAAAAAAAUUUAUCUGAGGAUGACGAUGAAACUGAAGGCAAGUCGGGACGUACUGCAAGCUCUUAUCCGGGGACUGCUGAAACUCCCGGUGUCAAAGACGGCUGUAAGAAAGAAUCGCAACAUGGAAGGGAAGUACGAAAGUCUUAUGAUAGGAGUAGAAGCCCAGAAAGAACCAGCGCAUCACCAAAGCGAAGGAAAUCUAGAAGGCGAUCACGAAGUAAAGAAAAGCGAUUAGACACUCGUAAGAGCAGGUCUAGAUCGAGUGAAGAACGCUCAAAUUCUAGGAGCAGAAGUAGAAGCAGGUCGAAUACCCCAGAGCGGUAUCGGCAGAAGAAAGGCACAGACAGGAAACGUCAUUCAUACCAUUCAAAUCUGAUGGUCGUAAAAGGUCACGAAGCAGGAGCAAACGGUCGCGAAGCAGGGGAGGGCGGUCUCGAAGUAGAGAGAAACGUCGCUCGAGAAGUAGAGGAAAUCGUACGGGGCGACGCUCUGAAUCCUAAAGCUGAUCAAGGACCUAUGUAUUUUUUUAGAGUUUGA